CAACUGGUUUACGGGCAUGGGAUCUAGUAUUUUAAUGAAGUACACUUAGUGAGUACUUACGUAUUUUUAAAUCAUAAGACAGAUCCAAAAUGAGGAAAUCGGUAAGUGGUGUUGUAAUAGAAAUUUCAAUUUCAAAUUAUUAUAUUUUAACAUUUAAUAAUAUUAUAUUAGACCAUUUUGACAAUAUUUGGUAUGGUGUUUCUGGCAGAGUUAGUAGAUUCAUGCGAUGUUAAUUUGAUUAAAUCAAUGGUAAUUAGUGUGUGCUCAUUAAAUAAAAAACGUUCAUCUAGUUCUGACAGUCGUUGGUCAGUAAUAGAAAAACAAUUCGAAAUUUCACCAAAUUCGGAUGACAUUGAACGGCAAUUUAAAGAAUUGUUUUUGGACAUUGAUGAACCUGAAGAAUUACUUAUGAUAAAAUCAGAUGCAAAAUCUAAAACAGGUAUUUAUUUAUUUUUCUAACUAUGGUUUACAUAAAAUAAACUGAGUACCAAGGUCAUAAUGAUGACUGAUGAUCUUGAUCUGAACAUAUUCUUCAAGGAGUGAUUACUUGUAUCAAACUUUGUCAAGUUGGUACAUUGAAGAGGUCAUUUUUAAUAUUCUUUGUAGUUUUAUUUAAUACAAUAAAAAAACCUUGAACACACUAAAUAACAGUUUAUCAAGAAUAAUAAGUUCCUGAAAGGUUUACUAUAUACAAUAUGCCUACAGUACGUUUCACGAAACUAGUGAUUCCGCAGUAAAUUAUUUUAAGGAAAGUAGUAAAGUAGGAAAGUACAUUAUAUAGUAUUAAAUUCAUAUUUUUUCAAAUCUCGCAAUAUUUUUAACAUAGAUUAUCAUCGAGCUAUAUAGGUAUAGGAUAUAAUCUAUAGGAUAGGUGAUUUAUCAGUAGCGGAGAGGAACCCCAAAAAAUUAAGUUUUUCAUAAUAGUGCAACACAUACAUUAACAAUAAAACAGGUUACUACAUUAUUAAAAAACUAAGUAUAGACUAUAAUAAUAGUAAUUAAUAGUAAUAAUACUUUAACAAUUAUUGUAAAUAUCUAGGAGUUUGUUUCAUGAACAAAUCUAUAACAUUUUAUCAAGGCUGUAUCUGAAGAGCCGGUCCAUGGGAUCCAGAUCUCCGUUCUUGACAUUUCCUAUACCACAGAAUCAUUAUUUUCACCACUAUAACAUGCCACUAAUACUGGUCUUUUUUCUUUUGUUUCUUGCGACUAAUAGUUUAGCUACCCGUAGUACGUUUCAUAUUUAGGAGCCAAUAAAAAAAUUUAAAAAACACGGGUCUUUCAAAAAUUGCAAAAUCAUAUUUUUAAUGUUGAAUUUUACGGGAGUCGCAUAGGCCUGUUCUAAAAAUAAAAUGUUAUCGAUGGAUGGCUAUUUACAAUAAAAAAAACCAAGGUACGACCUUGUGGUUAUUGACGUUGUGUGAAAUAUUACAGUAAAGUUGAUCCCGAAGAAGUUCUAAACAAGGUUCACUCUAAAAAAAAAUAGAAGUAUAUUAUUUGUUUAAAAUAUGUAUAAUGUAUUAUAAUUAGUAUUUAUGUGUGAUUUAAUUUUAAUUUUUAAUUUAAUUUGUAAUGUUUUUUGUUCAAUUUUAAAAAAGAUUAAAAGUCAACUAUAUUUAUUACACAAUAUGUCAAGGUGUAAAUUUUAUUUAUUUAAUUAUACUUACUGGAAAAAAUCUCGAUACGGCCCUGUAUCUUUCGGUUUAACAUUAUAUUUUAUUCCAUUUUAUUAUGGAUAUUUAUAAUGGUAUAGCCCAUUCAAACGAUUUUCUCCCAUUCUCGUUUUCAAAUACGAUUUAAUCGAUUCCAAAGUUGAAAAAGACCUCUCGUUUGUCAACGUUGUGCUUGCAGGUAAUGCUGCUAGAUUAAAGUUGACGUAUGUUUAGAAAAUAUGGGUAUCUUUAAAUGCUUCCAUUGGUGUACUGAUUUUUGAUUUUCACUCAUUUUUUAACCGAGAUGUUAAAUCGAUAAGGGGAGGGGGCAGAGUCCGGACCCAAUAUGUCCCCAUUGUCUUCGUUACUGUGAUUUUUAAUCAAUAGGUAUCCCGAAUGCAACACAAAAUAUGACAUUUUUAUUUUAAUAUAUGAAUAAUUCGAACAGAGGCCCGGUCCACUGGUUUGGAAAAUGUAUUAAGUAUUUAUAUUUAUGUAUAGUCUACCUAUAUAUAUAUUUUCUAAAAUAAUUUGAUUCAAUUUAUUCUUGUGCUAGAACCGACGACCACGAUUCAAAAUCGUCCUCAUUACUUGUCGAUUUAUACGCGAAACAAAAUGCACCGUAAAACUUCAUCUCCAUCGCCUAAAUUAAUUAGUAAGGUUUCGGCUUAAGAUAUUAACGCACUUGCGUACAGGUAUUUUAUUUUGUAAAAUCGUAAUAUCAUUAAACUUUCAGACGAUAAUGUCAGAACUUCAGCAAUUAUAAAACGGGAUAAUAUAUCGCAUAUGGUCACUGAGUGCUGCAAGAGAGCGUGCAGCAUCGACGAUUUCAGGAAUAUUUGUGGCAAGAAAUAAUGACAAAUAAUACAAUUUUAACACACCGUGUUUAAUAAAAUUAUGGUUAAUAUUAUUAUCAGUACGUCGGUAUAUAAAUAAAAAUACAUAAAUAAUAUUAUAUUCAUAUAAUUGUUUUGUUCUAUUAUAUUCCAUAUAAUGGAGCGAACAGAUAAAUAAUAAUAAUAAUAAUAAUAAUAAUAAUUGUCAUAAAAUCAGACUUGUUUUAUAAUAAUUUUUUAAAAAUUGUUAUUACGCAACGACAAUCUUAUCGCCGUGGACUAAAAUUGUGCAAACUUAACACAGGAACGAAUUACUUAUAAUAUUAUAUAUAAACACGCUUAUUAUAUAAUAUAUUAUAAUAUGUAUAUAUAUAUAGGUAUUAUACCUAUACAAAAUAAAUUAAAACUAACACUGGACUUGAUGAUGUUUAUAAUAUUUUUGUUUUUAAUUUUUCGUUUUCCUAUGUAACAUGCACUUAUUGUGUUUAAUAUAAUAUGCGCAGACGUACAAAAAAAAAAAAAAAAAACAAUUUAUUUUGAGUAGGUAUAUGAUACAAUAUGAUCAAUAAGAUAAAACCAAACAGUGUUUGAGAUUUUUGUGUUGUUGUUAUUUUUUCAAAAAUGAAGACAAGUAGGUGUUAUGUUAUUCCCGAGUUUCAGUGUUGCGUUUUAGUUAUGAUGACCGAUGGAAUUUUGUCGAAAUACGGUGUUACAGUUUUCACUCGUCCUGGUGAAGGGUCCUGGACGAUCAUCGACU